AUGGCGACCCUUCAGACUGUCCGUCGAUGGAUCAUGACGGGUGCUGUCGCCACUAUUACAAUCACUGGGACUAUCUAUGGUGCGGGAUUGAAAGGACAGCAAGACGUCAAGCAGCAAAAACGACAAAUCCUCCAAGCCACACCGGAAGAACGAAUCGCACAGCUCGAAGUCGCGCGCGCCGAAUUAGUGGUCAAGAAAAACGAGAUGGAAAGGAAGAUGGGUCAGAUUGCUGCGCGGAGGAGGGCGAAAGAGGAGGCGCUGAAGAAUGAGAAAUGA